AAUGAUUUAUCAGUGAUCAUUAUUUUAUUUUAAUUUUGUUUUAUAAAUGAAAUAAUAACUAUAUCCGAUAAAGUAAUGCUCAAUUAGGUAUAUCGUUAUAAUAUACCAGUAUACCAUCAUAACCUACAUUUUACAUCUUUGGUACAAUUAUAUCUAAUUAUAAGGAUUCUAAAAUGACUUCCAAAGUGAUUUCAGUUUACGAAAAUACUCAAAAAUUAGGUGCUGAACUAGCUAAAAAUCUCUCAGAACUUGCCAAUGACGUAUUAGCCGAAGGAGGAAAUGCAGUUUUUAAGAUUGGACUUUCUGGUGGAUCAGUUGUAUCGCUGUUAUCCGAAUACUUAGCCAAAGUUGAAACAGAUUGGCCAAAAUGGAGAUUUUUCUUUUGCGAUGAAAGAUUAGUUGAAUUCAGUGAUCCAGAGUCUACAUAUGCUCAAUACAGAGACAAGUUUAUCAAUAAUCUUCCCAUUAGUGAAGAUCAAUUCAUUAAAAUUAACCCUCAACUUUCAGUUGACGAAGCAGCCAGAGAUUACAUUCAGAAGAUGUCUGUUUAUUUUGCACCAUAUGAUUUGCCUCGUUUUGAUGCACUGAUAUUGGGUGUUGGUCCUGACGGACAUACCUGUUCUUUGUUUCCCGGUCACAAAUUAUGUGAGGAAACAUCAGUAUGGGUUGCACCUAUUUCUGACUCACCAAAACCUCCCCCAAGCAGAAUCACUUUCACAUUCCCAAUCUUAAACAAUGCUAGAUAUAUUGCAUUUAUAGCUACCGGUAGCUCAAAAGCCGAUAUCUUGAAGCGUAUUCUUAAAGAUGGUGAACCAUUACCAGCUAAUUGUGUACAACCAGUUAAUGGAAGUGUGCAAUGGUUACUAGAUGAAACUGCAGCCAAGUUAUUACAAGAAGAAACAUCUUUAUAACUUUUUUUACAUAAUUUUUAUACAAGGUAUUUGUUAGAGAUGAAGAUCAUAAUAAAAUUAUUAAUUUUUGGUGUUAGACAAAUUUUAUACUAAUAUAAUUUAUAUACCAUUUGUAUUAAUUGUUUGUGUAUCAUGUAUGAAAGAAAAGUUAUGUAAAUGAUUUAAAAUUAUCAAA